UUCUAAUUUUCUGGAGAGAAAAAUGGCGUCCGAGAAUCUGAAUGAUAAGAUCUCUGUAUUUAAGAAGCUCAAAUCGAAAUCGGAUAAUAAGAUUUGUUUCGAUUGCAAUGCGAAGAGCCCAACAUGGGCCUCCGUUACUUACGGGAUCUUUCUCUGCAUCGAUUGCUCUGCUGUUCAUCGAAGUCUCGGCGUCCACAUCAGCUUCGUCAGGUCUACAAAUUUAGACUCAUGGAGCCCAGAGCAGUUGAAAAUGAUGGUGUAUGGAGGAAACUGCAGGGCACAAGUCUUCUUCAAGCAACAUGGAUGGAGCGGAGCAGGUAAAACCGAGGCCAAGUAUACCUCGAGAGCUGCUGAGUUGUACAAACAGACUCUUGCCAAAGAAGUUGCUAAAAGCAAAUCCGAGGAAUUCGAUUUGCCUCCAUCUCCUGAUUCUACAUAUUCAACACAAGUUCGCAAUAGUCUCUCCAGCAUCAAAACCAGUGAAGCUCCCAAAGAGAGUAAUAAUACUCUAAAGAAUCAAGAAAAGCUUGAAGUUACCGUCUCACCAAGAGUGUCUAAGACCGUUAAGAAACCUCUUGGUGCGAAGAGGACAGGUAAAACUGGUGGACUUGGCGCACGAAAGCUAACUACUAAGUCGAGCGAGACUCUUUAUGAUCAAAAGCCGGAGGAAUCUGUUGUUAUACCAGUGACUUCCCCAGCCAACAGUACAUUAUCAGCUAAGUCAGCCAGGUCAUCGUCGUUUUCCUCUGGCUUUGAUUACUUCGACAGUGUUCAAACAAGAGAUCAAUACAUGAGCAGUCCUCAAGUGGUUGGUCAUGUAGCUCCACCAAAAUCGACCGGUUUCUUCGAGGAGUUCGAGAUGAAUGGAGGCGGGUUUCAGAAUAAACCAAUCACAAGCUCGUCAAAAGUUCAAGUUCAAGAAACAGAUGAAGCCCGGAAGAAAUUCUCAAACGCGAAAUCAAUCUCCUCUGCUCAGUACUUUGGAAAUGAGAACAACUCUGCCGAUCUUGAGGCCAAAAGUACAUUGAAGAAGUUCUCUGGUUCAUCAGCAAUCUCUAGUGCUGAUCUGUUUGGAGACGAUGACGGGGAUUUUCCUCUGGAUCUCACCGCCGGUGAUCUUUUCAACCGCCUCUCUCUCCAGGCUCAUCAAGACAUGUCGUCGUUGAAGAACAUGGCAGAGGAGACAAAGAAGAAGCUCAGCUCUGUUGCUUCCAACUUAUGGGUCUGAAAGGUUCAUGUUUUCUCUCAAGACCCAACAUUUUUUUUUUUCUUCUUCUCUUAUACCCUUUUUUAUUUCCAAAUCAUUUAUUCUAUUCUUUUUACUAGGGGGUACAA